AUGACUCGUGUUCUUAGCCUGCGAGCUGGGAUAUGGGCCGCGAUUGUGCUCGUCCUUGGAAUUUUGUACAAAACCUAUGUGCACAACAUCAUUUUUCUCACAAUUGGUAUUGGCCGUGAGAUCCAAUCAAUUGACGAUUUCCCAUGGACCUGCACUCGCCUCCAGCAUCCUCUCUUAGAAGGAUGUGAGGAUAUGUGGCUAGACGACCAAGAACGAAAACUGUACGCAGCAUGUAAUACUGUAGAUUCCAGGAAGGGAUGGAGUCCCGGUGGCAGCAAACUCAAUAUCUCCGCGAGAUCCCGCACGGAUCAUAUCGCAGUGUUGAAUAUCGACCAACCCGGCUCGGACGGACAGUAUGGCCUCCACAAGCUCAAAUUCGGUGGCUAUCUCGACGAUCUAGAUCUGCAUGGAUUCGACGUGCACAGUAUUGAAGGCAGACUUCGAUUCUGGUUGAUCAACCAUAGACCCCCAGUUGAUCCUACAACAGGGGAGUUCCUUGAUCCACGAGCUGUUGGAGCAAAUUCCACAAUUGAGAUAUUUGAGUUGGACAGUGCGUCAGAGACACUUGAGUAUGUCAAAACUAUCGCCAGCGACGCGAUCAUCUCGCCUAACAACCUGGCCGUUGACAAGGAUGGUCUGGGGUUCGUAAUCACCAAUGACCGCAACGCCAAGGUUGGCACUUUCGCGGAGUUGGGCAUGUUGAUUGGCGGAGGAAGUCUCACCUAUUGUCGCUCUGACACAGGGAAUUGUCAUGUCGCUGCCAACAAAGGGUUCUCCUUUCCCAACGGGAUCGUCCACGAGAACGGGCUUUAUUAUGUGGCUCAUUCAGUGUCUGGAAUCGUGACUGUCCACAAAUUAGUUGGUGACCAGCUGAUUCAAGUUGACAAAAUCUCCACGGGAUACCCAAUCGAUAAUGUGUCCCUCGACGCAGAUGGGAACCUCCUAGCUGCUGCAUUUCCGGACUCCAUUGAAUUUGUGAAGUCUAUGGAGGACCCAUACAGGGUUGUUGCUCCUGCCACCGUUCUCGCUGUCAGAGGAAUAGCCACUCAGCUGAAAGCUCGCAAUGGGAAUUGUGAGGUGUCAAAGCUUGUGGAGGAUAGAGAUGCCAAAUGGCUUCCCAGUUCGACUGUUGUGGUGCAAGAUGUGAAAUCGCACCGGUUGUUCCUUGGGGGAAUCUUAUCGCCAUUCAUAACCAUAUGUGAGCAGCAUAUUUAG